AUGAACAAUGUAGCAGAAGAAAAUGCAGGACAGAUAGAACCAGAAAAUGAUGGAGAUGCUGACCACCGCCAAAUAAAUGUAGCAGAUGAAGAAGAUAUACUUGAACCAGAAAAUUAUGAAGAGUUACAAUAUGAAGAACCAAUAAUAGGUAGAAAUAUAAAUUUAUUUGAGGUUGAUGCAAAUGUAAUUGAAAACAUUCCACUAAGGCAGGAAGAAGCUGAACCUCAAAUCAAUGACGAGGAUGAAAAUGAUUUUGUCAUUCCAGAAGACAGGGAAUUAAACAUUUGGCGACAGUUUAUAAAUGACUCUGAUGAUGAGGUACCAUUCGUUCAAGUACCUCAAAAUUUGGCUGAACUUUAUCCGCAGCAGAAUGAAGAAAAUAUAUGUGUUGUUUGUAGAUUUUCUCAAAGGACACAUGCGCUUGUGCCUUGCGGGCAUCGUGUCUUAUGUGUAGAUUGCUUAGCACAAUUACCCGAAACACGAUUCCCAAUUUGUAAUCAGGACUUUAUAAAUUGUUAUCAUUGGUGACUUAAAUUCAAAACACGUAAACUGAAA